ACGCCGUGCCCUUGAUUUCCAUUUCCUGCGGGAGGUUUAGAGCCGCUCGCUGAGAGCAGACACACCGGGAGGUCACUGAAACAUCGAGUCUGCGGGCACCGUGUUGUCGUCGCCGCCGCCGCCGCCAUGGGACGAGACGAUGCGAAGGGGCUGCCUCCGCCGGCGAUCGUCAACGGGAACUCGCUGUGGUUGGCCGGCUGCGGCUGGUUCACCGCGCUGCUUCACAACGCCGUCAACUUCAGGCCGCCGCUAAAGUCAGGUGUUCAUCGACAAGUCCUGAUGACAACACUUGGCUGGUUCGUCGGCUACCACAUGACAAAACAUGCAAAUUACGUGUACGCCAAACAUGAUCGAGAGAUGUACGAGUACAUCAGACUCCACCCGGAGGACUUUCCACCAAAGGAAAAAAAGACCUUUGCAGAGAUUGUCGAGCCUUUUCACCCUGUGCGCUAAGUGUCGGCAGAAGAGAACGUUUGUGGACCGACGUCAGUCUUCAGUGGUCCUUUUUGGGGGAAACCUUUCUGUCAUAUAUUGUGUGAAAUAUAGCUAUGUAAAUAAAAUAAAAAGAAAUUCAACAUUG